GUGUGCCCACACGCCGCACGGCCAAUGGAGGUUAGUAUAUAAGGCGUCGCGCGGCAUUGGCCCAGACCUAGAUCGCCCCUACGGAGCAGACGCAACCCGCAGCCAUGAAUCCGAUGCACCUCUUCCUCGCUACCGUGGUUUGCGCGCUGUUCUUGGCGUUGCCGACGAACCAACAAGGGCUGCUUGGUCUGAUGGCCACGGCGGCCAUUAUGAGGCGAUUCCGUGGAAACAACCAGAACGAGAACAGCCAGAGCCAGUCCCAAGGUCAGACGCCACUGGCAUCGCAUCCGGAGCCCUCCAUCUAUGGCCUACCUUCACAGAACGUCCCGUUUUACGCGGGCGGAUACCCAGGUGCCUAUGGUGGCUCCCUGGGCGCGCCAACCGGUCUCGCCCAAGGCUUCGGCGGAGGCUUCCCCGGAGGUAGCGCGGCAUUUGCUCCUGGUACCGGACCUAGCACCUACUCGGCCAGCUUCGGCGGCAUGAACUUCAACACGGGAGGCUUUGGCGGCGCUCCGGCGGCUUCCACGUCUUCCGGCUUUGCGCCUGGGGGUUUUGGAGGCUUGCCCGGUGCAGGCGGUGUGCCUUACGGGGGUUAAAGUAGCUACUGCCGCCGAACACACACCAUCGGCACUCUGUGCUUCUGUGAUUCCGUGCUGAGCUGCGCAGGUCCCUAAUUCCGGAAUGCCGGCGGAAAGCUCACACAUUCAAUAACAAUAUCCGCGUCGGAGCACCAACACCUUGGCAUCGUCCGCGAUCGCAAAUAUUUCUCGCAAACUGGUUCCGUCGUUAAAGGAGCGAAGCGAACGCAAUGAGGUAACAUGUAGACAAAAUUCGGCACUCGUUUUUUCAGUCUAUGCUCAACGAUUCCAGUUUUGGAACGCAAAGACGGAGUGGAAGACAGACAGGUAAAGUUGGCGUGCUGGUUGGCUGCUUGAUUACCGCAGCGAGCGUUUUUUGUUAUUUUUUUCUGAGUUUCGUUUCCAAGGACAUCUUAUAGUUCUUUUCAGAUUCGAGGUAGUAUCAUUGGUUCGCCCAUGUUUUUUGACUCAACUGGCUCACCUGUCAUAGGAAGUGAGGAGUGCGUGCAUCGCAGAUGGUCAGCUCAGCAAGGAAUCACUGGCACGGAGUGCGCAGCCGCAGUGCUAUCUUGCAAUUUUCUCAGCCCCAGUUGCAGCUCUCACCACAGGAGAGUGCUGCGAUUCUCACGAGUGCUUUCCCACCCUCCAAGUACGUCCGCGCGCGAUAAUUACCGCGCGAAAAAGGUUGUACUGCACACUGUCAUUCCCGGCUCCCCUCACAGUCUCGAAGGUUGCGCGAGGUAGUCGUGGAUUACCGAGUUAAGUGCGUUUCCCUUCUCAUUGUUUACGUCCACCGCUAUUGUUUACCCAAACAAGACAGAGAUAUUAUGCAGAUUCUGGGGUUUGAGGCCCGAACGCACCUCCCGUGUGUGUUUGUUCACCAUCCAGACUGUAACUCGCAGAGCGCUUUAACCCCGCUACCAUUCAACUGAGCCUGGUUGCCGUUAGAAUGGUAGCGCUGUUCUGUAUCUCACACUCUUCCUUAUGCCCUUACCACAGCGUAAGCAGUGCUGCUCAACAAGGCCUAGGGAAAUGUAGACUUCAGGAUAUCCUUAUUAAUAUUAUUACAGGAACUCUCUUAUGAGGAUUUAUAUGAAAAGAUUGAAAUGGUCGUGUAUUUUCUCUACCUUAACGAUAGAGAUGGCGUAAUACUUCUUCAGUACGCCUUAAGGCACGUAUAAAUUUAACAGAAUUAAUGAAGGGCAUGGAAGCUUGCUCAAAGGCAUUAUUUCUAUUGUACUAUAAACAGUUCGAAACAUCUGUGCUUCACCGAGCGCUUUUACGGCGCGGCCAUUGAAAGUGCUUGCUCGUAAAGUGACUACGUUGCGUUAUUUUCUUUUUGAAGAUAUUGCGGCGCUCGCCUUAGCUGUGGUUCGGGCGCACCAGGUUUCAUAACAUAACUGCAGCUAGACUGCAGAAACCGUAACUUCUCACAAGCAGCAAAGGAGCACGUAUAAGUCGUUCCUUCAGGGCCGUAGGCCCAUGUAACUUACUCAGUGGCAGUUACAUAUGCUCCACACGUCUCACACUCUCAACAUCGCGUGGCCAGGAACGGUGUCUCGAAUGCACGCCUGUGCCAAUAUCACGAAACUCUCGCGACGUCAGCAGUAUUGUGACGGCACGUGUGCUUUGAAAAAAACAAUUUUAAGGUUCGGGCAUCGGCGGCUCUCUAAAUAUUAGUUUGUCAGCGACUCGCUAGGGGAUAUGAAGGAGCGUGACCCUCGUCCACCUUGACAAGGAGUGCUCUACGAAAAGUGGUCCGUGAUUCGUUUUUAAGAUAGGAGCCACUGUGGCGCUAACUCUACGCACCUGAACACAUUCUGCGUUCUUGGUUAAAUGCGUGGACAAUUCCUCAGCUCUGCACAAAUAUUCUGAGUGAACUCGCUAUAGUAGCGUAACGUGUAUUGAGCCCAUCCAAGAGAUAAGCAGCGGCCAUAAUAUAUGCAAAAAUAAAAAUAAAAUGACGCAACUAUCUACCUACAACCCAGAAGAAAUAUUCAUGGGGUUACCUUCGACAUCCGUGAGCCAAUACACCGCGGGCCUUUAGGGUCGCAGCUCCUUUCUUCUCACUCAGUCGUCUCUAAUCAAACCCUCAAACAGUGGUCAGUGCUCUGUAGUUCUUUCAAGAGACCACGGUUGCGUGCUUAUGAAUAGGUACAGAAAUCUAUGGCAAAAUAACGUAUGCUGCUGCGCUUUCGUACCUUACGCCAGCUGCGACCACCGUUCCCAUUGGCACCUCAGCCAUGCAGGACGCCGGGGUUGGCUUCCGGCGUUGCUGUUUCUUGAGGUCACCAUUCUGUCGAUACGGCGGGCAGUGAACACUGUUCUCAGUUGUCCCUGCUUCGCUGCCCCCAGGAAACCUCGCUCAGGAAGUAAUUCAAUUCAUUUCUAGUCUUACACGCUGACGCAACCCUGAUUCUCGAACUGCUCUGAGCACUCCAGCCCUACUCUAGGUACGCGCGAGUUUCGUGUGCUUUUGUAAAUACUCUUCCCUCUUCAGCGCGGGUUCCCUACGUUGUACCACUAGUGCCGAAAAUAAACUGAAAUGAUAAUGAAA